AUGGCUGGGAUUUCUCCGCGCCCUGCGGAGAGGCCCCGGCAGCUUGUCGCCGCGCUCGCCUACCUGCUCCUCAACUGCGCUGCCCUACAGGGACAGGUACCCUCGCCUGAGGCUAAGCCCCAUCGGGCGCUCUACCUGCCCACCUGGGGCGCCCUCGACCGCAACAGUCCCGACGGACCCAGCGUCCUGAUCGCCAACCCCGGGCUCCGGGUGCCCGUGGGCCGAUCGCUUUGGCUCGACCCUCUCCGGGACCUGGUGAUUCGAGUGCAGCCGGGGGACCGGUGCGAGGUGACGGUGCUGGACGUCCUGCCGCCGCGCCACGGCGCGCUCUCCCCGCGCCGCUUCCCCUGCGCCUUUGGGCCGCGCCAGAUCCGGUACACUCACUUCGGCGCCCGCAGCCCCGGCCGCGCCCGGGUACGGCUGCAGCUGCGCUACGACGCCCGGACUUCCACGCUGGCGCUGCCCUUCACGCUGGCGGUGGACGUGGCCUUCCCGCAGCUGCAGCUGGUGACGCGCAACCGGCCUUUGGCGGUGGAGAAGCUGCGCGGCUGCAGCCGCGCCAUCGACAGGAGAGUGCUGAACUUCGCCUCCCCGGAGCGCGGGGCCGCCGCCACCCGCAGGUGCCGUCUCAUCCCUCUUCCGCCCGAGGGCGGCCCCCUGCCCAAGUAUGGGCGUUUGGUGGAUGCCGUGGGGGACCCUCUCCCCAGGGCCAAGGGCAUAGACUGUGGGGCUUUUGUCCGGGCUGGCGUGCGCUACCAGCACACCGCCACCACCCCCUCGCCCGACCGGGACUACGUGCCCAUGGUGGUGGAGCUGCUAGGGCCAGGGGACCCAGGCGCUGGGUCAGGGAAGUUGGUGCUCCGCGAACACUUCCAGCUGCUGGUGAGGAUCCGCGAGGGAGCAGAGAACACAGCGCCCAGGCCCAGCUUCGGGGCCCGGAUGAUGAUGGAGGCCCCUCAGUUCAUGCUGACAGCCCUGACGCCCGAAGCACUGGCUGCGGAGGACUGGGAGUCUGACGUUGAUGAGCUGGUCUUCAACAUUCUCAAUGCCCCCAUCACCGUGCCGAGGCACCAGGGCUACGUGGUCAGCACUGACGACCCCUUGGGCCUUCCAGUCUCCUUCUUCACCCAGCGGGAGCUGCGGGAACUGAAAAUUGCCUAUCAGCCCCCUAAAGAGAAAUUGGAUGGAGAGCGCCUCUUCCAACUGGAGCUGGAGGUGAUCGACGGAGAUGGCGCCACCUCAGACCCCUUUGCCUUCAUGGUGGUGGUGAAGCCCGCAAACACCCUGGCCCCAGUGGCUAGCUAUAACGGGGGACUACUGCUUUUUGAAGGUCAGACAAGGCCCCUGUCCAGCGCCCACAGCCUUCAGAUCAGUGACAGUGAUAACCUGGGAGAUGUGAAAGUGGCUGCAGUCAGGGGCUUGAGACAUGGGCAGCUGGUGGUUCUUGGGGAACCUGCUGGGUGCAAGCAUUUCACACCAGUGGACUUGGCCGCAGGGCGAGUGGUGUACCAGCAUGACGGCAGCAACACCUACAGUGACAACAUCAUCUUCCAGAUGGAGGAUGGGCACCACCAGGUGGAAUUCCUCUUCCCUCUCACCAUCAUCUCUGUUGACAAUGAACCACCAAUGGUCACUGCCAACACUGGGCUCUCAGUGACUGAAGGGCAGGUGGUCCAGAUCUCCCCCUUUGUCCUGAGUGCUACAGAUAUUGACUCUGAGGACUCAACCAUCCACUUUGUGAUGGAGGACCAGCCUCUGGAAGGAGAAGAGGAAAAGAGAGGGUGGAAUAUGGCCCCCACUUCCUCCCACUCAAGUCAGCAUCUGGGGGAGAUGCUGCUGCGGCAGUCUGAACCACCUCUGUCCCCUGAAGAUGAAGGCUGGUAUUACGUGGGAAAGGAAGGACUUUAUGAGAAGGUGGUGACUGAGUGCCUUCAGCAAGACAUAGUGGAAGGGAGGCUCUUCUACCGCCAUCUUGGACCCCUUGGCCCUCAAUCUGUAAUGGCCCAGAUGACUUUCCACGUGCAGGAUGACCAUGAGCCACCCAAUCUAUCCAACCAGCAUUUCUUCACCGUCAGAGUCCAACGAGUGGAUCUGCAGAGUCCAGAGCUGUUUCCAGGAACUACCCUGGAAAUGACUGUGCAGCGAUACCAACUCACUCACUUCCAGAAAAAAUUCCUCCGAUAUGUUGACCGGGACUCGGGUGACCAGCACCUGUGGUACACACUACUGAUGCCCCCGACUGACACAGAUGGCAACCACCAAGUCCGGGCUGGAGAAAUUGUGCUCACUGAUUCGCCAGACACACCCAUUGUGCACUUCACCCAGGCCCAGGUAAAUCACCACAGAGUUGCCUACCAGCCCCCUCAGAAGAAGCAGGGUAUUGUACCUCGGGUUGUGCAGUUCACCUACCAGGUGGAGGAUGCUGCAGGCAAUAGCAUACCUGGCACGUUCACAUUAUUCCUGAAGCCUAUGGACAGCCAACCUCCCCGAGUCACCAACAGAGGCUUUACUGUCUUAGAAGGAGAAAGUUUUAUCCUCAGGAGAAAUGAGCUGGAUGUUUCAGACCCUGACACAGACACUGACCAGAUUGUCUUCAUAUUAGUUUGGGGUCCCCAACAGGGACAUUUGCAGUAUUUAAAAAAACGUAUGGUCCCAGGGGAAUUUUUCAUGCAAGCUGAUAUUGUUAAUGGGAGUAUCUCUUACCAGCACCACAGAGACCAGACCACCAGUGACACCUUCCAUCUGGAGGUAAGUGAUAGCGUGCAUCACAUACCCAUCACUGUCCAGAUUUCUGUGCAGCCCGUGGCAGCUGACAAAAGUCCUAGGAUCGCCAUCAUAGGUAGUCCGCUUUUAGAAGUGUCCAUAGAUGUGCUAGAGAAUAGAGCCACUGAGAUCACCAUGGGCAUCAUCCAUGGCCAAAAGGACACAGGUGACUUGAUGCUCUCUUUCAUUGUGGAGGACAGCCCCAAAUUGGGCACUAUUCUGGUGAGCGGUUUACCAACAGAACAGUUCACCCAAGAGGACCUCAUCAGUGGGGCAGUAGUCUAUGUCCACACGGGAGGUGAAGUUGGAUUCCAGAAGCAGCAUGAUACCUUCAGCCUUGCCCUCUCCAAGGAUUCUUAUCAGUGGGUGGUGGAGGACAGCAUAGUGGAGGGAGUGCAGGUGCAAGUGGUUGUGCUGCCUGUGGACAAUGUGGCUCCCAAGGUCUUGGUGGGGGAGCCCUACAUUGUUCAUGAAGGUGAGAAGAGCCCCUUGAUCUUACAACAUCUCAGAAUUGAAGACGUGGACACUCCCCAAGAUGAAAUUCUAUGCACAGUAACUGGUCAGCCAGCCUUUGGCUACCUGGAAAACGUGGCACCAGCUCCUGGCUCAAAAGAGUCACGGGCUGGUAACCCCAUCAGUGCUUUCUCCAUCAGAGAUGUCCGGGCAGGACAUAUCAAUUACGUACAGAGUAUCCACAAGGGGGUAGAGCCACAAAAAGAUCAAUUCACCUUUUAUUGCUCUGAUGGCAUCAACUUCUCCCCAAAGGUCUUCUUCCCUAUAAUGAUCUUACCCACCAAUGAUGAGCAGCCUGAACUUUUUGCCCGCGAGUUUGUGGUAUUAGAGGGGAUGAGCCUGGUCAUAGACACCCCACUGCUCAGUGGAGCCGAUGCUGACCUGCCACCAAAUGAGCUUCACUUUCAGCUCACAGCCCUCCCUCAGCAUGGGCGGAUUAUACAGCAGCUGGCCACAGGAAGCCAGCCCAUCCACAGCUUCACCUUGCAGGAGAUCCAGGAGGCCUCCACCAUUGUGUAUGAGCAUGAUGACUCAGAGACCACAGAGGACAGUUUUGAGGUCUGGCUGAGUGAUGGCAAGCACACCACCCACAGGAAGGUACCCAUUGUGGUGAUCCUGGUGGACGAUGAAGCCCCUCAGCUGAUCAUCAACAGUGGGCUGGAAGUAGAGACUGGACAUACUGAGGUCAUCACAAAUCGAGUCCUCAAGGCCACAGAUCUUGACUCACGUGAUAAGAGCCUCAGUUUUGUCCUCCGUUCUGAGCCUCAACAAGGACUUCUACAGCAACUGAGAAAACCCAGAGGGGAGAGGAGGAAAAACCUCACCUUGGGAAUGAACUUCACCCAGGAUGACAUUGACAGAGGUCUCAUCUGUUACACCCAUACAGGCCAAGGACUUCGUGACUUUGUCAAGUUUGAUGUGACUGAUGGGAUUAACCUUUUGCUAGACCGCUACUUCUACGUCACCAUGGAAAGCUUAGACGGGGUCUUCUUCCCUGAGGUGGUUAGCAAAGGGGUCACCUUGACAGAAGGCGGCAGAGUAACCCUCACCACAGAUCUGCUUAGCACCAGUGACAUCAACAGCCCUGAUGAACACCUUCACUUUAGCGUCACACGGGCUCCUAGCCUGGGGCACUUGGAAAUCUCUGACCACCCUGGGGAGCCCGUUGCCUCUUUCACUCAACUUCAGUUGGCUGCCAACAAGAUAUUCUAUGUUUGCACUCCAAAUGAUAAGAUAAAGAUGGACAGCUUUGAGUUUCAAGUGACUGAUGGACAUAAUCCUGUGUUCCGAACCUUCAGGAUCUUCGUCACAGAUGUGGAUGAUAAGAUACCUAUCAUGACCAUCCAUAAACUCAUACUGCAGGAAGGGGAAAGCAGACGGAUCACUCCCUUUGAGCUGACGGCAGAAGACGAGGAUACCCCAGAUGAUCUUCUCCUCUUUACCAUCACCCAGGUCCCUGUCCACGGUAGGAUUUUAUAUAAUGACAGCCGCCCUGUGACCACCUUCACCAAGCGAGACCUGAACAAGAACCUCAUUAGCUACUGGCACGAUGGCAGUGAGACAACUGAAGACAGGUUCUCUUUGAUGGUGACAGAUGGCACUCAUGCUGACUUCUCUGUCUUCCCAGACAUUGCCGUGGAGACACGCACACCUCAGGUAGUGAGAAUCCACAUAAGCUCCCAAGACAACAGGCUCCCCCAGAUUGUCUUUAACAGGGGUGCCCUGGUCUUGAAGCACCUUCACACUGGACACAUGGGCUUCCUGAUCACCAGCAGGUCACUGAAGGCAGAGUAUCAGAACAGAUCCCACAGGCUCCUGAAGUAUGAAGUGACCAGAGGACCGGCUCAUGGCUUCAUUAUCAACACUGGCCUUGGAAAUGAGAGCACUCGAGUGUUUACCCAAGCUGAUGUUGAUGAGAUGAGGAUCUACUAUGUCUUGAAAGAAGGCAGCAAGGCAACCAAGGACAUCUUCUACUUCUCUGUUGAAGGCAAUGGAGUAAAUAAGCUAACAAAUCAACCUUUCCAUCUAUCCUGGGCUUGGAUUGCUUUAGAGAAACAGUAUUACAUUGUGGAGGAGGAUGCCACAUUCUUAGAAGUGACCCUGACACGCAGAGGAUACCUUGGAGAAACAUCCUUUAUCAGCAUUGUAACCAAAGAUAAAACUGCAAAAAAAGAUAAAGAUUUUAAAGGAAAUGUCCAGAAACAGGUCCAGUUCAAUCCUGGACAGACUACAGCCACGUGGAGAGUGAGAAUUCUACCAGACAAUGAAUACGAGGCUUCAGAGACCUUCCAGAUCAUUCUGACGAACCCUGUAAGGGCUACACUGGAGUUUCCAGAAAAGGCAACUGUUGAAAUUGUGGACCCUGAAGAUGAAUCAACGGUUUAUAUUCCAGAGGCAGAAUACAAAAUAGAGGAGGACAUUGGGGAGCUUUUGAUUCCUGUAAGAAGGUCUGGAGAUACAAGCCAGGAGCUCACGGUCAUUUGCUCUACACAUCAAGGUUCUGCCACAGGCACCAUUUCUUCCACAGCAUUAUCUUUCUCUGACUACAUCUCACGUCCAAAAGACCACACCAGCAUCCUCCGCUUUGAUAAGGAUGAGGCUGAGAACACCUGCCGGGUCCUCAUCAUCAGUGACUCUCUUUACGAAGAGGAGGAAUCCUUCAGCGUUUCACUGAGCCUGCCAAUGGGAGGGCAACUCGGGGCCAAAUUCCCCACCGCCAAGGUGAUUAUCUUGGCUGAUCGUGAUGAUGAGCCUGCCCUGCACUUUGGUGAUGCUGAGUAUCACGCUGAUCAAAGUGCUGGCUCCGUGGAGGUUUGUGUCCAGAGGACAGGCACUGACCUUUCCCAAACGUCCUCCGUCACCAUACGCUCCAGGAAGACAGAGCCGGAAUCAGCAGAAGCUGGAAUAGAUUGUAUUGGCAUCAGCCGAAAACUGGACUUUGCUCCAGGAGCGCAUGUUCAGAUGUUCCAAGUGACAAUCCUUGAUGACCUGGGACAGCCCAUCUCCGAGGGUCCAGAGAGGUUUGAAUUACUUCUCCAGAUGCCUCUGGGUGCAGUGCUUGGAGAACCCAAUAAAACCACCAUUUUCAUCAAUGACACCAUCACUGACUCUAAGCAGAGUACUUGUCUUUCUUUUGAUUGAAAGACUUUAAGGGAGAGGAA